AUGGAUCGAAGUUGGAUUUCAACAAAAAAUCCGAGUGACCCAGAAUAUCAAGCAGGUGUAAGGGAAUUCAUUAAGUUUGCUGUUAAGAAUGGUGGAGGCCGCUCCAAGCUACGUUGUCCUUGUAUCAUGUGCCAUAAUUUCUUGCAUAAGAGACCCGGAGAAAUUCUUAAUCAUUUAUCUAAAUGGGCAUUUGAUAAAACAUAUACAUGUUGGAUUUGGCACGGCGAAUGCAGGGACGAAACAACGGUCGGUAACUCUGAGGUUAAUGUUUGUGAAGGUCAUAAUACGAAUGAGGGAGAUAGGUUAGAGGAAAUGCUUCAUCAAGUUGAGGAAGCUUUUCAUGAAGACCCUUUCACAUUUGAGAGCUUGCUAAAUGACUCCGAAAAGCCUCUCUAUGAAGGUUGCACUAACUAUACAAGGUUGUCUGCAAUAAUGAAGUUAUAUAACGUGAAGGCGAGCCAGGGUUUGACUGAUAUAGACUUUAAUUUGAUACUGGAAGUGUUCAAAGAUAUGCUUCCAGAUGAUAAUGUCCUUCCAAGUCGUACAUAUGAGGCAAAAAAGACAUUAAGCCUUAUGGGUUUACCUUAUGAGAAAAUUCAUGCUUGCCCUAACGAUUGCAUGUUGUAUAGAAAUCAAAAUGAGUCAUUAGAGAGUUGCUCGGUUUGUAAUGCCUCGAGGUACAAGAAAGAGGAAGGACGAGUCCCUGCUAAGGUAUUAUGGUACUUUCCAAUAAUACCGAGGUUUAAAAGGCCAUUUUCUAAUGUGGCAGAUGCCGAGAAGUUGACAUGGCAUUUUGAUAGUCGAGAAGAUGAUGGAUUGCUUAAGCACCCCGCUGACUCACCACAAUGGAGGUUUAUUGAUGGGAAAUUCCCCGAGUUUGCCAAAGAAAAGCGUAAUCUACGCCUUGCUUUGUCUACUGAUGGGUUCAAUCCAUUUGGCUCCUUGAGUAGCACUUAUAGUACUUGGCCUGUUAUUUUGAUUACCUACAACUUAUCUCCCACACUUUGCAUGAAAAUAAGGUAUAUGAUGUUAUCAUUGCUAAUUUAUGGUCCAAGACAGCCUGGUAAUGACAUCGACGUGUAUUUGGCUCCUCUGAUCGACGAUUUUAAGAUGCUUUGGGAAACAGGUGUAGGAGUGUUUGAUGCAUAUCGAAAUGAGAAAUUUAAUUUGAAAGCAAUGUUGUUCUGCACUAUUCAAGAUUUCCCGGCAUAUGGUAAUUUGUCUGGGUAUACAGUGAAAGGGAAAGCAGCAUGCCCCUUAUGUAUGGAGCAAUUUUUGGGACAUUGGUUGAACGGAUCAGGGAAGCAUGUGUUUGAUAGUCAUCGUGUAUUUCUGUCAUGUGAUCAUCACUAUCGUUACAUGAAAAAGGCCUUCAAUGGGAAACAAGAAUUUGGAGAGCGUCCAAAGAUCAUGUCUGGUGUAGAGGUGUUUGAGAAGAUAAAAGAUAUCCAGAUCACAUUUGGGAAGAAACAUCGAAAUUUUCUUUCUAAGCAAGGGUUUAAGAAGUGUUCAAAAUUGUGGAGCUUGCCAUAUUGGAGAUUUCUUUUCGUGAGACAUUCUCUUGAUGUGAUGCAUAUUGAGAAGAAUGUGUGUGAUAGUCUAAUUGGUACAUUAUUGAACAUCCCUGGGAAGACUAAAGAUGGCCCCAAAUUUAGAGCUGACUUAGAGACACUUGGGAUCAGAAAGGAACUUCAUGUUGUUGAUAAGGAGAGUGGUCGAAAAUACUUGCCUCCUGCUGCGUAUACACUGUCUAGGAAAGAGAAAAUCGAGUUAUGUGAGAGCUUGGCAGGAGUUAAAGUGCCACAUGGGUAUUCUUCUAACAUUCGUAGCCUUGUAAACAUGGAAACCUUGAAGCUUGUGGGCCUUAAGUCUCAUGAUUGUCAUGUCCUAAUGCAAUAA